AUGAUUUUUACUAACCAGGUGCCGCAAGUGGGCGUAUUCCCUCAAGAGCUCCCAUCAGUGUCUCAGUCAGUCCAGGCAUUCCAUUUUGAAGAGCUUUUUAAUAUGAUGGGAGAUGCAACGAUGGUUCCAUCGCCGGCAACGAUCCCAGCUGAGAAUACGAUUCCGCCCGAAGAUGAAGCGUCUGGAGAAUCACUGGUUGAUGAACAGACUCCAGUCGCGAAGACUGAAACCGCUGCCGCGCCCAAGAUGGUGAAAGCGGUCAAACUGACCUCAUUUCCUAGUGAGAACAAGAUCAAGGUGAUCAAGGAGAUCCGUCAACUGCUCGGGCUGGGAUUGAAAGAGGCCAAGGAUGCUUCCGAAAAUCUACCCAGAGUGCUGGCUAAACAAGUUCCUUGGGACGAGGCGAACGGGAUAGUUGCGAGGUUUGCCGAUCUCGAUGCGGAGAUCACCAUGGAAUGA